AUGGGCAGAUCUAACCGGCACGACAAGGCAGACUGGAGACGGGGGAACAAGGGGCAGAGGAGGCUGGUUGGCUGGUUGUGCAAGCCAGUGGAUAGAAUGGGCCGAGAUGGGAAACCCACGCGAGAGGACGGCAGUGUCUGGCGGAGAUGGGAGGAGACGGAAGAAGAGAGGUCAUUCGCAGGCGGAGCAGAGGGGGAGGAGAGGGAGGGAGGGAGGGAGGGAGAAGGGGGAGAGAGGGAGAAGGGGGAGAGAGAGAGAGAGAGACGUGAUACUCACAAGGACCAGGCGUUGUUGUUGGGUGGCCGAGUGCGCCUGAAGCUGGGAGGUCAGGUGUGGCGCAAGCUGACAGGCUUCCCGGUCGUUGUUUUGGAUUGGCCGCCGAUGGGUCCGAUCGUCGCGUCCGAUGCGGUAAUAAUGCUCAUCCAAGGUGUUCGAGAAGAAGAAUAA